AUGAAUCCACCACCUGAAUACCACAAUGGACCACUGGCUCCCACAAACACCCCAAAAGCAGUGGAAGAGUGGGAAGAUGACGAUGUCAUCACCCCGAUAGACGCAACAGAACAGGUUCACAUCUGCCCGCCUACCAGCGCACCGGCACCACUCCCAAGCAGGAAUACAAAAUCCGUGAAUCUGAGAGCGUCUAGGCUAUCAACGCCCAAAGUGCGAAGAAUCAGAUCACGCCAAAGGCAAAAGGCUCAAAAUGCCAAAGCUGGCAUCCGUCUCAUCACUGACAUGUCGGUUUUCCGUCGCAAUAAUCAUGUCACGAACAACAUGCGCAGUCCACCAGGCCGGAAAGGAAAGUUUGUCGACGCCGAUGCUCUGAGAGCCCUGGAAGGGGAACCUAGUUCAGCAUCAGUCGGGAACUGGAACUGGUUGAAGAAGGGAAGUGGGAAGACUCCUGAGCCGGCGACAGAAAUGCGGAAAGGCCGAAAUAAGGACCAACAGUUGUCACCGGAGGACAGGCCCAUUGUAAUUGGAAUUUCGCUGGAAUCGUCUGAUGUAGAAGGGCGGGAGAUUAGCCCGCAAAAUCCGCCGGUCGACGACUCGAGAUCUCCGUUUCCCGUGCCCGAGUUGAGCAAUCCUCAUGCCCCCAAGGCGGCCAAGGCUGAUGUGCAGGGACACAAAUCCGUCUGGUCUCCUGAUACGCCAGAUACUUCAUACUCGUUUGGAUCAAAUAAUGUGGCAUCUAGCGUGUACUCGCAAUUCAUCAUGCCAAAUCAGAUCCCCAAAGAACAGGCCUGCCCCCCCGUUCCGGAACUUCCCCCGAAUUACAAGAAGGCCGCGCACCAAAGGGUUUUGAGCCUUGAGCUGGGGAAAAGUCGACAAGGUGAUGAUGAAAGUGGCACGCCAUGCACUCUCUUCGAAGAAGAUGGUGUUCCAAGCCCACAGAGACACCCCAAGUCCAGGGAAUUUGAUAGAAGCCCUGAUAGUGCUGCUUCAAGAUCACAUGGUUGGUGGGAUCAUGUCGUUACACCCUUUGUUGACAAGAAAAUGUCCUUUUCAAGUCAAAAGUACAAGGCUGAGUCUCCAAAGUCACCCAAAUCACCCAAGUUCCACAAAGGAAUGUCCAGGGAUGAGUUAUGGGAAAAUCUCGAUGUCAAGGAAGAGUCUCGAUCAAGGCUAUCUCCAAACGUUGCUCCGGCACGAGUACAAGCACCGAUUGUUCGAGCACCAGCACCACAGUAUGAUACAAAACAUGGCAAGAACCCUCAAAGUCUCUUCACAAAGACACAAACGUCUGCUGCAGAGCCGAGCAUGAGACAGACACCGCAAAUUGUCAUUAGUCGCGACAGCCCCAGCCCAUCAGAUAUUCCACCACCUUACUCACCGCCCAAGAGGGAACAAGAAGGCAAGCCCAUCAGAUAUCGAGCCGUCUUCCCACCUGGACACCCGCUCCAUUCUCAAUUUCCCCCUACUCCGAGACCGGCUUCUCCGGGACUAGCAGGCACAAUGACUUCUCAGAGAGGACAGCAAAAAGGGGCCCCGAACCACGCUUCUGCUGUGCCCACGACGCAAACACAGCCGAUUACUACUCAGCCCCUUCCUGUGCGAGCAGUGGGGACAUUCGUGCCUCAAGAACACGCAUACUCUGCCGCAGGCAGCAGACACAAAGUUGAGCGGCAGCGGCGGCGACAUGAAAAAGAGGACAUCAUUGCUCGCCGCGCUGGUGGAUUCUGGAGAGGACGUGGCUGCAUGUCGUCAGGGGGUUGUUUUGGACGUACGGGUCCUGAAGGCCGCAAGAGAAGACGGGUGUGGAUGGCAAUCUGGGCCGGCAUCAUUGUCUUGAUCCUUCUCAUCAUCUUGUUGGCAGUGCUGCUCACACGCAACCACAGCCCAGCGGAGACACCGUCUAUUUGGGUCAACUUGACAGACUUCCCGCCUAUGCCUACGGGCGUCUUGACUGUGGUUGGACCGGACAAUACCGCUGCCAGAUCUGUUUGUACAGAGCCAUCUACGCUCUGGAGCUGCUCUCUACCCAAGGAUCAACAAUCAUCUGUUUUGCCGUAUAAAGCAAACCAGCCGACGCUGAUUAUGCAAAUCCAAUGGGACAACGGAACUCGUCGGUCAUGGAACGUUGCAAACGCAGAUGCACCUGCACCUUUAUCGCGAAGAGCAUUCGGAGCAGCAUCUCAUGCGCUGAGUGCCCUAAGGCGUGAUCCAGUACCAACCGAGUUCUUCCCCGAUCCUGCGGCCCCCAAAUUCAGAGAAAUGUGGUUCCUCGGCGAGACAACUGACAACAUCAAGUCCGACCAGAAAGGCGGCGAGCCAGCACCCUUCUAUAUCAGUCUUCUCAGGUCGACAAACGACACGGUCCCGACACCAAAUCUUUCCCGCAGAGGAGUCAGUCCCAAUAUUGGCAACACCACAUUCAAAGAUCUUAUCCCGCCUCCAGACUUGGAAAAGGACGGCACGUCCGCCCCGGCUGUCAUGAUUCCCAACCCUGUCCAGCAGCCUAUCCGUCUCUUUGACCGUGGCCUACCCACCGAACACUACGGCUUCUAUACAUACUUCAAGCGCACCAUCUUUCUCAAAUCCGUCAACAUCCAGAACAACACGGACAACAAUAUCCCGCUGGAUGAGGACGGUGGAUGCCGCAAGACAGAAGCCUCUCAUCUCGUGACCUGGGGCGACACGCGGCUUCACGUGCAGAUUUGGACGCGAGCACUGUCAAGCAAUACGUCCUCGUUGCUCAAAGCGGAUGGUAGCAAAGGAAUCGGCGGAACAGGUGAACUCGUUCGGCCUGGGACCAUGCCGUACCCCGUGACUAUUACACAGGACACGCAUGGCGGAGAUCCGGAUAAGAAGCUCGUCUGGGAUCGACCCAUUGACGAUCGACUGCAGGUUACGACGACGGAGGCGCAGGCGCUGGUCAAUGACAUGGGAAUUGGAGGAACAUGGGUUAAUAAGAGGGGGACUGGGGAUGCCAAGUUUGGAGGGUUUGAUGGAGGCAGCGGAGGAUGUAAGUGCGAGUGGGUGAAUUGGGUGUAA